UCCAGCUGAUGCGAGCGGUAGGGUUUGCAGACAGGAGACAAGAGAAUCCAUGGCAACAACAAUGGCAGAAGCCGAGACGCGUCAGAGGCUGCUACGCACCGUCAAGAAGGAGGUGAAGCAGAUCAUGGAGGAGGCUGUCACCAGGAAGUUUGUUCAUGAAGAUAGCAGUCAUAUUGUCUCCUUUUGCGCUGCGGUGGAGGCGUGUGUUCUUCAUGGGCUAAAACGGCGAGCGGCGGGCUUCCUACGGAGCAACAAGAUAGCGGCGCUCUUCAUGAAGGUGGGGAAGAGCUUCCCUCCAGCUGAGGAGCUGUGCAGGAAGGCCCAGGAGCUGGAGCAGAUCAUUGAGACCAAACGGAACCAAAAUUUGCAAAGCCAGGAUAGUUUGCGGAGGUUGCCCAGACUGCCCAGCCUCACCCCACAGGCUAUUAAAAACUUGUGGAUCCGCACAGCCCUAUUUGAGAAGGUGCUGGACAAAAUUGUACUUUACCUUGUGGAAAACAGCAGUAAAUUCUAUGAAAAAGAGGCUGUCCUAAUGGACCCUGUGGAUGGACAUAUUCUUGCAUCUUUGCUAGUUGGACCUUGUGCACUAGAGUACACAAAAAUGAAGACAGCUGACCACUUCUGGACUGACCCCUCAGCUGAUGAGCUGGUGCAGAGACACCGCAUCCAUGGUGGCCACUGUAGGCAGGACUCUCCCACCAAGAGGCCUGCUCUGUGUAUCCAGAAGAGGCACUCCAGCAGCAGCAUGGAUGAGCGGCCCUCCCCCUCGCCCUCCGCUCGUGACUACGUGGAGUCGCUGCACCAGAAUAACAGAGCUACCCUGCUGUUUGGCAAAAACAACGUGCUUGUACAACCGAGGGACGACAUGGAGGCCAUCCCAGGGUACCUUUCUCUACACCAGACCGCUGACAUCAUGACUCUGAAGUGGACGCCCAAUCAGCUGAUGAAUGGCUCUGUAGGAGACUUAGACUAUGAACGCAGCAUAUACUGGGAUUAUGCCAUGACCAUCCGGCUGGAGGAGAUCGUUUAUUUGCACUGUCAUCAGCAGGUUGAUAGUGGGGGAACAGUGGUGCUGGUCAGUCAGGAUGGGAUCCAGAGGCCUCCGCUUCGAUUCCCCAAAGGAGGCCACUUACUCCAGUUCCUAUCCUGUCUUGAGAAUGGCCUCCUUCCCCAUGGUCAGCUGGAUCCUCCGCUCUGGUCCCAGAGGGGAAAGGGCAAGGUUUUUCCUAAGCUGCGGAAAAGGGUUCCUCAGGGAUCCGGGUCGUCAGACUCAGUCUCAGAUAAGGAGGAGGAUGAAGCCACGGACUAUGUCUUCCGCAUCCUUUUCCCCAACAGCCAGUCCGAGUUUGUAAAUCCACCAGACCUGAUGGACCAGGGGGCUACGAUGUGGCAACCAACUCACAGGAAGUCCUCCUGCUCCUCCUGUUCCCAAGGGAGCCUCUCUGAAGGGGCACCGCCUAAUGGAUGCAACCAUGAGAGGGCCCCUUUGAAGAUGCUAUGCGACAACAUGAAGUACCAGAUCAUUUCUCGGGCAUUCUACGGCUGGCUGGCAUACUGCCGUCACCUGUCUACUGUCCGCACACACCUCUCUGCUCUGGUCAAUCACACCAUCGUGGAGCCUGACGUGCCAUGUGAUGCUUACAGGGGGCUCACUGCCGAGGUGUGGCAGACGUUCCUCCAGGACUGCACCGCCUAUGAGGAGCAGGAGUUGCUGCGUUUUGUCUACUUUGGUGGGGUGGAGCCCUCACUACGUAAAGAGGUGUGGCCCUUCCUUUUGGGCCACUACCAGUUUGGAAUGUCAGUUGAUGAGAGGAAAGAGGUGGAUGAGCAGGUCAAAGCAUGCUAUGAACAGACCAUGCACGAGUGGCUGGGCUGUGAGGCAAUUGUCCGCCAACGAGAGAAGGAGCAGCAUGCUGCAGCAUUAGCCAAGUGCUCCUCUGGGGCCAGUGUGGAUAUUACAACCCAGAAGAUGAUACACCGUGACUCCACUGUCAGCAAUGAGUCCUCCCAGAGCUGCAGCUCAGAUAGACAGAGUUUGGCUCGACUGCAGAGUGACUCCAGCAGUAGCACUCAGGUGUUUGAGUCUGUAGAGGAGGUGGACCAGAUUGAGAUGGAGCCCAAGACCGAAGAGGCCAAGCAGAUGCCCAAGAUGCCCAAUGGGGCACUCCAAAAUGGGACCAGCUCUCCUGACUCUGGACAUCCCUCCUCCCGCAACUUCUCUGUCACCUCUGGCAUAUCGGACGGCUCGCUCAGCACUGAGGAUGGCACUGCGCCCGAUGCAACCACAAAAUCUGUUGUCGCUCCUCGUGACGCAGCAGUGGAGAGCUUGGGCCUGCGGGACGAAAAGGAAAGCCAGGUCAAAGUGGACACACUGGUGAAGAAAGAAAAAGAGGAGGAUCAGCAAGAGGGGAAAACACCCAACAGGGCAAAAAAGACAGAGGACACCAAGACUGAGAUGCCAGAUGAUAAGAUGGCCCAGUCAGGAGAGGAGGGGCAGGCGAGGGCCUGUGAACGUAUACAGCUGCUGCCUAAAACAAAGGACACUGCUGUAGAACUAUCAGAGGAGUCCAGAGGUGUCAGUCCUGUGAAGACCGAACAGACGACAGGUUCGGGGGGAACCAGGUUGGAAAAUGGGGAGCAGAUCACAAUGGCAGUCGGUAAAGAAAUAAAAGCCACAGGACAAGAUGUCAAAUGUGAUACUUCAAAAUCAGAGUCAGGGAAAAUAGCCAAAGAAGUGCAGCAUGAGGAUAAUGUAAAGUUUGUAGAGUCAACAGAAGAGCAGAUCAGACUUGUUGAACAAACUGCCAAACAAGAGAUGGAAGUAGUGCCUAGUGAGCAGACAUCAAAGGACGAGGAGGCUGUUGAAAUGGAAAGUAAAGGAGAAUUGGAGGCAAAUCAGUCAGAGAAUUUGAAGAUGGGGGGGAUGUUAACAAAUAAGGCACAAAAGGACAUUUUGUCAAUGGAGCAGGAUAAGAUUGAGAAAGCCGAGGCAUUGGAGAAGAAUGUCAUUUUCACAGCAGAUGCUAGGUUCUCAAGAGCAAUGGAGGUCUUUUGCACCACCCGGAAUGACGAGGCUGAGGUCACAACUGAGUCUGAUGAGUCUCCCUCCGCCAUUGAGAUGGAGGAGAUCCCUAAAGCCAAAGUUUCCAUGGUACCCUGGGACAGAAGGGCCCCUUGUGAACCACUGUCUUCCUCUGAGGACUCGGCCCCCCACUUGGAGCUGGGGCUGGAUGAGGAUCAGGGAAAGAACAGCCCAGAGGGUACAGAGUCCAUCCUGUCUGAAGAGCCAGAAAUGGAGAGCCUCUACUCUCACUUUGAUUCUCCGUCUGUAGCUGGAGACACCAAGUGUGAAGAGACAUCUCCACUCUCCGCUGGCACUACCUACUCUCAAGAGCUUUUGGACUUGUACACGCUAAAUCUGCACCGGAUUGAAAAAGAUGUACAGCGUUGUGACCGGAACUACUGGUACUUCACCCCUUCCAACCUGGAAAAACUGCGCAACAUCAUGUGCAGUUAUAUCUGGCGGCACCUAGAAAUUGGUUAUGUGCAGGGCAUGUGUGAUCUGCUAGCUCCACUCCUAGUCAUUCUGGAUGAUGAGGCCAUGGCGUUCAGCUGUUUUACGGAACUGAUGAAGAGAAUGAAUCAAAACUUUCCACAUGGAGGAGCUAUGGACACUCACUUUGCCAACAUGCGCUCUCUCAUCCAGAUCCUGGAUUCUGAGCUCUUUGAGCUAAUGCACCAGAAUGGAGACUACACCCACUUCUACUUCUGCUACCGCUGGUUUCUUCUAGACUUCAAGCGAGAGCUGGUAUACGAUGAUGUGUUUUCAGUCUGGGAGACCAUCUGGGCGGCUAAAUAUGCCUCCUCCAGUCACUUUGUCCUCUUCAUUGCCCUGGCAUUAGUGGAGAUAUACAGGGACAUCAUACUGGAGAAUAACAUGGACUUCACUGACAUCAUUAAAUUCUUCAAUGAAAUGGCCGAGCAUCAUAACAUAAAGCAGAUCCUGUCACUGGCCAGAGACCUGGUGUCGAAGGUGCAGAUGCUUAUAGAAAACAAGUGAUGUUGUUAUUCGUCCUUCCUGGGUCUCAUCAUACAAGUGUGAAUAGCUGUAGCAGCGCAAGAGCUAUUACUAAAGUGGACUUGUGCUCACUAACACAUGUAUGCAUAUGCACAUACACAUUCAAACACACACAGAUUACAGUCACAGUAUGCUGCUAUGAGUCUCUAUCCACCUUAUCCACUACAAUGUAUGUGUUGUUAGCUGCUGUAUAAGGAUAUCACAUUUCAUAUCUACCAGUGACUCCAAGUUGGGGGAAGAAAUUUAAGAGCGGUUAUUCCUUAUCUUCUACGUAUUUUGUCGCAAAAUUUGUCAGGUGUGAAUUUUAUCUGAGUGCAUAUGGACUUGAUGUUUAGAGAUAAAGAGUAACUAAUUUUUAGCUGCAUAUAUCAAACCAAACUGCCACUUGCAAAGACAUCUAAAGAGAGACUAUAUUUAUGAGAGGAAGAAUAAUCCAAUGCAAGUGUGAUAACAGUCUAUUUUAACUAUUUUAAUAAGUACAGUCUGGACAUUAAAAAGAAAUUUAAAACAGAAGUCAGGUAAUGCCAUCUUUUAGGUAGGUCCAAAAAAAUAUAGACAUCUUUUAACUGGUUGCUUAUCAAAAUCUUUUUAAUCCAUACUCCUAAAAUCAAAUACAUUCCGCCAUUUAAGGGAGGGUCCUUUUUUUGUGCUUUUGAGGUUUCUAUAUCAUUCUGUGGCUCCCCAGUAGUGUUUCUUAUGUAUUCAAAUGCAAAAAUUCAAAUUUUGUCGAAGUACGUAUGUUUUGGCAUCAAAAUGCUAUUUUCCCAAGCCCUGCUAAAAACUUUCCCAUUGUGACCCUGAUGUAGGCCUCUGCACUUUCCUUUAACACUUGCAUCACUCUCCAUGCUUACACUGUCAGUGAGCUGUUAGUGCGUGUGUGUGUGUGUGUGUGUGGGGGGGGGGGGUCAGGCAUCAGCGCUAUCCUGCGUCACUGUGUUUUGCUAACGGCUGAGUGGUGGGCGUUUCCAUUUGAACAACCCGGAAAAGAACGCAGAUGGCGUCGCCCUUUAGAGUCCUAUACUUUGCUGAUUUUCUGCACCAACAUGCCUGGGGUUUUGGCCCACAAUAUAAUUCAACUUCCUCUAAUGUUUGGCACUGAACAGUGACAGUCAUUUAUGUUUCCAUGCCAUGGCCGGGAUUUAGUAUCAGACAGUGUUUUCAUCAAGUCUCAUAAACUACCUUGUCUACCAAAUAGUAUGUCUGUAUUUGUUGUGUGUGAUUGUACUGUAAUGAGAGAAAAAAGUUAUAUUAUGAAAAUAUCUUAUAUGUAUGACACAUAGGACGAGGUUUGCACAAAGCAAAAAGCCUGACAAUUCAAUAGUGCUCUUGUUCAUUUUUUCAUCAUCGAGCAACCCAUUGUAUAAUUUGUACAUUAUACUGUUUACUCUUUACCUUGGUUGUUUACUUGUAUCAUCUCUGAGAAUUCCCUAGUCUUUGAAUGCUAGUUUGAGCUUGAACACGCUAGUGAAGGGGAAAGAUUGGACGGCUUAUCUUGAACUAAAGGAUAAAUUCUGUUAUUUCCACUGUUUAUUCAGUUUUGAUGUACGAGUGGGCAAAAAAAAAAGAAAAGAAAAAAAAGUGGUUUGAUUCUUUGGUCAUAGCUGUAGAACCACUGUAAAUAAAUUGAAUCAAAACCAAAUUUAAUGUUAAUGCUAAAUGGGUUGCCUGGUCUCAACUGUGUAAAAGUUUUACUUAUGCAUUUGUUUUGCACAGAGUGAGGAAAGUAUGCGAAAUAUUUUGGCAUAUCCACAUUGGUCAUGGGAUAAAAUAUUCCCAGUUUAGAAUGAUUCAGCAGAGAGUUAGGAUGUGUGUUGUUGUUGACAUUAAUUUUCUAGCAUUAACAGCAGCUAAAUUUCUCCUAGAAUGAAAGUUACCAGAGGACACAACCAUUCACUUCAUUUGGUACAGGUGUCUUAGACAACUCUCAGAUGAAAUAAGCAUAUGAAUGUCACGUUUUAUAAGAACAGCAUUUAUCCUUUGAAACAGUCAAGGUAAUAUGGAUAACACUAGUAUGAUUUUGACAUAUCCACUAUGUUUGGAAAUGUAUGUGCUGUCAUCUCCUUUAAUACUAAUCUAAUGAUGAUGAAUAUCUCUUUGACCAACAUUAACAGUUGUCAUUCAUUGCCUAGAACUUAUAAGUUCUAACAGUGUUGUUUCAUGAAUGUGAUAAGAUUAAUUGCAGCUGCAAGUAUUGGUGGUUCUUUGUGAAUGCAAACUGCUAAAUCAGAUAAUAGAAUCAAUCUAUUUUAAUGUAACAUGAAUUUACUUGUCAACAUAUUUAUUUAUUUAUUCAUUCAAAAGCUGCUUUAUUGUAAAGCUAAUAUUCUUGUUAUUUUGUGGUCAGUUCUAAACGUGUAUUGUAAAACAAUCAAAUUCUAUCAAUGAAUUAUAUAUUAAAUGGUACAUGUUUUUAUAAUAAA